GUCGAAUGAGAAAAAAUGAGGUCGGCAAGUCUGUUUUCCGGCUUUAUAUUAAUUUUAAUUAAUAUAAUUAGCCAAACAAACGCACAGUCGAGCGAAGUGAUCGGCUGUGGUGGUUUCAUCAAAAGCCAUGCCGAUAUUGACUUUUCUAAGGUGGAAAUAAAACUCUUAACCAAGCAGGGCUCGCUAAAAGAUAAAACCGACUGCUCACCCUCGAAUGGCUACUAUUUUCUACCCAUCUACGACAAGGGCGAGUAUCUGCUGACCAUUGCCCCGCCGCCCGGCUGGAGCUUUGAGCCCGAACACGUUGAGCUCAAUUUUGACGGGAAGAAUGACGUGUGCAGUCAGGGCAAAGACGUUAAUUUUGUAUUCAAGGGCUUUGGCAUCACCGGCAAAGUGGCCCUCGCCACUGGCAGCGGUGCACGUGACGUAGAUGUUGAGCUUAAGUCGGAGCAGGGCGAGAUUCGACGCACCAAAACGGACAUCAAUGGCAUCUUCUUCUUUACGCCCAUCAUACCCGGCAAAUAUGUGGUACGCGCCACACACGCCAGGUGGCAUUUCGCCAAGGCGGAGCAUAAUGUGGUCGUCGUCAGCGGCAACACGGAACUGCCGCAGAACUCGUUGGUGGUCUCCGGUUUCGAUAUCAAUGGACGCUUCGAUGUCAGCACCCAGCUGCCAGCCAAUAUUGCUGUGGUGCUCUACAAGAAAAAGGGCCAAAAUCUUCAGCCCAAGUGCGCGACAAUCCCCAAUGCGCCCUCUAAUAAGUUAAACAAUGAGUACGAGAGCGCUGCCGCUUGUUAUGUGCUGGCGGAGAAGGGCGAAUACAGCUUCAAGGAUGUGCCCACUGGCAAAUAUUUGUUGCAGGCCGUCAAUGAGAAUCAGAACUUGAAACUGCAUCUCACGCCCAAAUUCUUGGAAGUAGAGCUGGGCAAGGACACGCUGCAGCUGAAGGAGCAGUUCUCGAUUAGCGGCUUUACUGUCACGGGUCAGGUGCUGAGCUCUGCUGGCGGCGCACCACUUAAAUCCGCCGUAGUGAAGGUGAACAAUGAAAAGGUAGCCGAGACGGACGCCACGGGCAGCUACACGCUGGAGAACAUUAAAGCCAGCAGCUACAACAUUGAAGUCGAAUAUCCGCAGCUGCAAUUUGAGCCGCUGCAGGUGAAGACGCAGAUAUCUUCGCCCACAUUGCCCACAAUUGUGCCCGCUGCUUAUGAAGUGUGCGGCAAAGUUGUCUCGCCCAAAUCUUAUGUUGUGGGCAUCACAAAAACUGGCUCCACCUUUCACACCACCACCACGACGAAGGCAGAGAGCGGCGUCUGGUGCGCCUAUUUGCCCGCUGGCAAAUACAACGUUGAGGUGCUCACCACGGAUGCGGACAAAUCAAACGGCAUUCAAUUCUUUCCUGUGCAGCAGCGGGCCGAAGUGCUCGAUGCUCCGGUCAAUGGCAUAACCUUCUCACAGCUGCGCGCCACCAUACGUGGCGAGCUGCAGUGCCUGCCGGAUGCCACGGCCACCUGCACAGCGGCUGAGGUAACGCUGCAGGGUCUGGACGCCACCGGCCAGCCAACGGACAACAAAUGGAAGGCCAGAGCGCAUCGUGGAAAGUAUACCUUUAAGGAUGUGCUGCCUGGGCCAUAUGAAAUUACAAUUCCACAGGGAAAUCUAUGCUAUGAAUCUACGCGCGUCUUUCUAAAUGUCGCCGCUGCGGAAGAGCAUGCGCCGCCUUUGAUACACAAGGGCUACGAAGUGUCCAUAAUUUCUAGCCAUCGCGCUCUGAUGCGAUACGUUCACGUAACAGGGCCCUCUGAGCCCAAGGCGCCCGUUGAGACGCUCAAGAUCCUCUCGGGCGUCAACACGUUCUGCGUCUCCAAAUACGGCAGCUAUGACUUUAAGCUGGAGGGCUGUCACAUUUAUGAUGAUUCGCUGCCCAGUAAAUUCAUCACACCUGAACCAGAUCAGCUGCAAACGUUGAUUGUCAAUGCCAUUGCGCACAAGACGGGCGUGCGUGUCCUGUCCCCAGAACCAAAUGCAGAUUCACUCAGACUUGCUGUCGAAUCGGAAACGCUUGGCAGGCAAAUUAUAGCGCCCACAGCUGAAUCACAUAAAGUGGAUGGCAAAUACGCAUAUCGCUAUGAAACAUAUCUUAAACCAGACGAAGUCCUCAACAUAAAGCCACUGAGCGAUGUGCUGCUCUUUAGCCCGCAGCAUCAGCAGGUGGUGGGCAGCAGUGAUUGCGUGGACAUUGCUUUCAAUUUUGUGGCCACACGCGGGCUCAUAUUGCGCGGCAAGGUCGUGCCCGCUAUUAAGGAUGCCAAGAUAACGCUCAGUUUUCCCGAGCAACCGGCACGUGAGUCCAUUGAGACGCUCACCUCGAUAACGGGCGAAUUCAAAUUCGGACCCAUCGACGAUUCGCUGAAAUUCGAGCUCACUGCUGAAAAAGAGUCGUAUGUGUUCAGCGAGUACGAUCGCCAGUCGAAUUCGUUUAGUGCACACAAGCUCUGCGAGAUUGAGGUCAAGGUGCAGGACGAUGCCGGCCAACCGCUCAGCGGUGUACUGCUCUCGCUUAGCGGCGGCGAAAGCUAUCGCAAGAAUCUGGUCGCCGGCGACGAUGGUGCCAUCAAUUUCCAUUCCCUAUCGCCAUCGCAGUACUUUUUGCGGCCCAUGAUGAAGGAAUACAAGUUUGAGCCCAAUUCCAAAAUGAUUGACAUCAAGGAUGGUGAAACCGUGCAGGUCACCCUAACUGGCAAGCGAUUUGCCUAUUCCAUCUUUGGCCAGAUUACAUCCCUUAAUGGUGAGCCCUUUGCAGAGGUCAAUGUGCAGGCCACCGCCACUGAGAGCUGCCAGCACCAGGUAGAGGAAGCGACCAGCGAGAAUAAUGGCCAAUAUCGCAUACGCGGCCUACAGCCCGGCUGCACGUAUACGGUGCGGGUUUUGACGGACGAUGAAAAAGUAGAUCGCUCCAUACCCGAAAAUCAUACGAUCACUGUCGCCAAUGAGGAUGUGCGCAACAUUAAUCUGAUUGCCAUUAAUCCCAUAAAGAUUGUGGACAUUACGGCCCGCAUUGUGGCCUCGCACAAUGACUUCUACAAGACGCUGCGAAUUGUGAUGUACAGACAUGGCGCCUCCGAUUCGCCUGUGUUCUCGCAGCGCGUGGCCUCCCCUUUGAAUCCCAAGGCUAGCUUCAAUCCCGGCAUCAUGGUGUAUUUCCCGCGCAUACCGCGCGACGGCAAAAGCUAUGUGGUGGAGCUGCAAUCGACGCUGUCGGACAAGACGUACUCGUACAAGCUGCCCUCGUUCAGCUUUGUUGCCGACAGAUGCUCCGUCUAUAUGAAGCUGGAAUUCAAUGCGGAGGUGCGCGCAACUGAAGCAGAUCUCAAUCAGAAUUCCAUAUCUGCGCUGGUGCUAAUUGCGCUGGUGGCCAUUGCCUUCUUCAAGCAGGAUUUGGCUGUGAAUUUCCUCAGCUUCGUGUGGACCAAGCUGAGCGACCUCGUCGCCGACUUGACGCAGCAGCAAAAGGGCAAGACGAGCGUCAGAAAAAAUGAGCCCAUUAAUCAGCGAGAGAUCGAGCAAAUGGCCGAUCAGAUAAAUGCCAUCAAAAAGAGAAAGGUCAAAAAGAUCUAGUCCAGUCCAGGCCUAAGACUUUAGUCACCAUCGGUAUUCGGUAAUUGUUUUCUUUCUAUUUAGUUUUUUUUAUACUCUUUCCUUGCUGAAGUAGGAGACUUGCGCCUUGAGUGAAAAUUUAGCAUUUGUUUAAUUGCAUUUUACGGAACAAAUAAUUGUAUAAUUGUUUUGUUUAAUAGCUGAGGCAAGUUUAUUCUGUGCAUGUUUAGUUUCAUUCAUCACUCUUAUAGC